AAGACAUAUUGGAUAAAGGAUCGUUAUCCAAAAUGUAUAAAGAACUCUUAACAAACAACAAUAAGAAAACUAAGAAUCCGACAGUGCGCUCGGCGUCUCCUGGAUCUGUCUCUUGCUUCAACAGUGUUUGGACGGAACAGACCCAGGGACGCCCCCUUCUUCCAGCCUCCGACCACCCUCCGACCUCUUUUCCAGUCGCAGCCUUUGGCCCAGCUUCUCAGUCAUCUUCUACUUCCGGUGGGACCAACCAACACCAAUUUUUUGACCUCAGCUCCUUACUGCUGUCAACCCUGAGCUCCCAGAUUGGCCAGAAUUAUUCUACCGAAGUGGAGGCCACGGUCAACUGCCUGGUCAACAUGUAUCUGCAGGCCUCUUACACCUAUCUCUCUCUGGGCUUCUAUUUCAACUGCAACGAUGUGGCUCUGGAGGGCCUGUGCCACUUCUUCUGCAAGUUGGCGGAGGAGAAGUUCGAGGGCACCAAGAGUCUCUGGAAGAUGCAAAACCAGCGCGGUGGUGACACUCUCUCCCAGGACUUGCAGAAGCCAUCCCAGGAUGAGUGGGGCAAAACCCUGGAGGCCAUGGAAGCUGCCAUGGUCCUGGAGAAGAAUCUGAACCAGGCCCUUUUGGAUCUGCAUGCUCUGGGUUCCACCCACCCAGAUCCCCAUCUCUGUGACUUCCUGGAGAACCACUUCCUAGACAAGGAAGUGAAACCCAUCAAGAAGAUGGGCAACCACCUCACCAACAACCGCAGGCUCGCUGACCCCCAGGCUGGGCUGGGCUAGUAUCUCUUUGAAAGG